UUUUCAAUUAUAGUUCAUGCGACUCGCAAAUAUGAUUUCUAUAUAAUCUGCGAGUCAUUUAAAUAGAUUUAUGGUAGGAUUCUCCAAAUUAUUAAAAACAUUAUAAUUAUUAGGAAACAGACGGUGGAUUUUAAAUUUAUAUUCUAACGAAUUUUCACGUCUGACAGCAAAAGAAGUAAGUUACGCCAAUAAUUAGUGCGUGUCACUUUAAAUAUUCUCUAUAUAAUUGGAAUCAAUACGUGAAAUAGAUGGAUCUACAUAAUUUAGGGACAAACAAACGACACUUUGCAUUUAAGGUUAAAAAGAAGUGAAUGAGGAAGAUGAAAGAUCAUCCGCGGAAUUGUUCCGUCAGCAAAAUUGAAGGACAUAGUGUAAAUCCAACAAAAAGAAUUAAACCUGUGGACAAUAGUAAGGAGCCUGCUGAUACCUUGAAAAAGAAAAAAAAAGAACAUGCACCAGUAAUAGAAGUUAAACGCUGUGCAUCUGGCUCCAAUUGGGAAAAGUUCAAGGAUCUUGUUUCUCAGGAAGCAUCUUCUGAGAAAUGUGUAAAACCAAAACCGUCACGACAAUCUAAAUCUUUGGCAGUAUCAAAGCAAACUUUACGGAAUAUGGGACAACCAAACCUUUAUGCCACGUAUCCUUCUGCUACUAGUAGCGAAGCGAAGGUGAAUGAGACUAAAGAUCAAGCAAAAAAUAUGAUAACCAAACAAAUUGCUAUGGAUUGCGAGAUGGUUGGUAUAGGUGAUGGUACAGAGAGCAUGAUUGCUCGUGUAUCCAUAGUCAACAGACAUGGAGUAUGUCUUUAUGAUAAAUAUGUAAAACCUAGAGAAAGAAUCAAAGAUUAUAGAACUGAAGUCAGUGGUAUAAGACCUCAUCAUCUUGCUACUGGAGAGGAAUUUGCGGUUGUACAAAAAGAAGUGUCAGAAAUAUUAAAAGGGAAAAUAUUAAUAGGCCAUGCAAUUAAAAAUGACCUAGACGUUUUAUAUUUAUCUCAUCCCAAGAGAUCCCUAAGAGACACAUCCAAAUAUAAACCCUUUAGAAAAGUGUCCAUGGGUAAUACACCUAGUUUAAAGAAGCUGGCAUUAGAAUUAUUAGGUAUAGAAAUACAGACUGGUGAACAUAAUUCCGUGGAGGAUGCACGAGCGGCUAUGCAACUUUAUAUGAUAUACAAAAAUCAAUGGGAAAUGGAAAUUUAUUCAAGACGAUAGUUUUCAUUUCUCUCAGUUUCGUUAUAAUAAUAAAUUACAUUCUCACUGUCGAAUUCAUGUCAAUUAAUUAACUUAAUCGUAACAAUUCGCUACAUGACUUGGCUCAAUUAACAACCUUCCUUAACUAGCAUAAAUAUUUGCAAAAAACGUAAUUGCACAAGCCGAGUCAACAGAAUCGUUAACAUAAUGCGUCCGUUAUAAUUAUUCAUAUUUUCUGUUUUGCUCGAAAGAGCAAUACAUGUUUCACAUGUUGAAUGACUUGCUGUUAAAAAUUGAACAUUGCUGUAAAGUGAUAAAAAUAAAAUUGAUUUUUCAAGAA